CAGGAGGACCACUACAAGACCGCGUUUAAGACGCGAUAUGGGCGUGCCUUUUGGCCUUACGAAUGCCCCGGCCACAUUCCAAGCGGCUAUGACAACGGAGUUCCGACACAUGCUGGAUAGAUUCGUACUCAUCUACCUCGACGACAUCUUGGUGUACAGCCGGAGUUUGGACGAGCAUGUAGAGCACCUGCACACCGUUUUGGAGCAGCUACGACAAGCCAAGUACAAAGCCAAUCGCAACAAAUGCGAAUUCGCGCGGCAAGAGCUGGAGUACUUGGGACACUAUGUGACGCCGCAAGGCAUCCGUCCGCUUGCGGACAAGAUCGAGGCCAUCAGCGUAUGGCCCGAGCCCACCAACACCACAGACGUCCGUUCAUUCAUGGGGUUGGCAGGCUACUAUCAACGCUUCAUCACCGGGUACGCAAGGAAUGCUGCACGUAUGACGAGAUUACAAUCGCCAAAGGUGUCAAUCGUAUUCGAUGACGAUGCACGCCGAUCAUUCCAAGCACUCAAGACGGCCAUGCUCAUGGCACCCGUCCUUAGCAUCUACGACCCCACCCUGCCAACGAGAGUGAGAACCGACGCUUCCGGCUAUGGCAUUGGGGCAGUCUUGGAACAACACGACGGCGACGACUGGCACCCUGUGGAGUAUUUCAGCCACAAAGUGCCUCCCAUCAAUUCGCUUGAUGAUGCAAGGAAGAAGGAGCUGCUUGCGUUCGUGAUGGCUCUCAAGUGAUGGCGGCACUUCCUCCUUGAGCGUCGUAGGUUCAUAUGGGUCACGGACAACAACCCAUUGACCUACUACAAGA